AUGAAGGUCUCCGCCUUGUUCGUCACUGCCCUUGCCCAGAUGGCAUCGGCCCACUACUUCUUCGACUCGGUUGUCACCAACGGCGCCGCUGGUCCCAGCUUCCGCUACAUCCGCGACUUCACCCGUCCUACCAAGUACAACCCCAUCAAGUUCUCGUCCAACCCUGCCGCCGAUCUGCGCGACAACUCCUUCAUUGAUGGACCCGAUGCCCGCUGCAACCAGGGCGCUUUCACCAACGCCGGAAAGACCCAGGUUCUCGAGGUCGCGGCUGGCAACAGCGUCACCGUCAAGCUCGGUGUCGGUGCCACCAUGCAGCACCCUGCUUCAGGCCCUUCCUUGUUCUACAUGUCCAAGGCCCCCACCGGCGAUGUCAAGGCCUACGAUGGCUCUGGCGACUGGUUCAAGAUUGGCCAGACUGGUGUCUGCAACCAGGGCGGUGACUUCAAGAGCACUGCCUGGUGCAGCUGGGACAAGAACACCCUGACCGCAACCAUCCCCAAGAACGUCCCUAGCGGCGAGUACCUCCUCCGCGUGGAGCACAUUGGCAUUCACCGCUCGCACGUGAACCAGCCUGAGCACUUCGUGUCCUGCGUGCAGGUCAAGGUGACUGGUGGCGGCAACGGAACCCCUGGCCCCAUGGUCAAGUUCCCCGGCGCCUACAAGAGCACCGACCCCUAUGCCAACUUCAGCAUCUACAACGGCUUCAAGACCUUCACCUUCCCCGGCCCUGCUGUCUGGGACGGUGCUGCCGGCACCAGCCCCGCCACUCCUGCCACCACCACUGCCGCUACCACCCUGAUCAAGGCCACCAGCACCACCACCGCCGCCGCUGCUCCCACCACCGCCCCGGCUCAGACCUGCGCCGUCAAGUACGCUCAGUGCGGUGGCCUCGAGUUCCGCGGCCCGACCUGCUGCGAGGCUGGAAGCACCUGCCGCCGUGGCAACAGAUGGUACUCUCAGUGCCUCUAA